GAAAUGAUGAGUCGUUGUGUAAUCAGUCACUUCACACUGAUGUAUUACAGUAAGGGAAAUUGAACUGUUGCUAACACACUCACACACAAGCCACAAAAACGGACCUGAAACCAAAGACAAACAGGCUGAAUAGCAUCCAUGGAAAACGAAUGGGAUGCACACCAGCAACAGGAACCUUGCUCCGAUAACAGCCUUGUAUUUAUUUGUAAGUUACCGGCCAGGGAAGGAUUCCAGUCACUGGACAGGCAGGAGCCCAUUCAGAUCAAACUCCCAGCACAAUGCAGCGUCCAUCAACUUCGUGUGCGCCUGUGUAUGCUAGUACAGGAGAAUAACAGACUUUCAGAGCCAUUUGCACUUCUGGACCCAGAACGAUACAGUCUGUUGUACCAGAAGGAGGAGGAGUGGUAUGAAAUUUAUGAUGACUUUCAGGUAUUACGAACUCUGGACGCGCCCUGGUUCCAGGGUACUGAUGGUCUUCAGACUGUCUGUGUCACAGUGUUGGCUCAGAAAACUACCUCUGAGGAGAGAAUUCGCUUCCAGGGCAUUCUGAACGAACUAAUCGGCUAUGAUUUAGACUCCUCAGACACUAAUCGUUUAAGUGAGCUAGGCUAUACCCGAAGAAAGUUUGCCACACCGCGAAGGGAAGAACUGAAAAACCGGGAUCCUAUAGUUUAUGCCACUGAACCAUGGACAAGUUCCACAGUGCUCCCAAAUGACCAGCCAGGUCAUCUUCAGCGGAAACUCUCAGUGACUCUUUAUUAUAAUAGAUCAAAUAUUUCCAUUAAUGCUGACUUGACACACACCCCCAGUGAUCUCCUCAAGAUCUUCUGGGAAUCAUUGCCAAAGGGGGACCUGUCAUUCGAAGGAUGGUCUGUUGAUCAUGUCCUCAAGGUGUGUGGCAGAGAGGAAUUCUUGAGUGGAAACUUUAAGCUCUCAGACUACUUGUGGGUCAGGCACUGCCUUAAAAACUCACUGGAGCUUCAUCUCUCAGUGGUUGCCGUCUCAUCCCUUCCAGAUAACACAGUAAGCAGAGAGUACUGGCCGCUGGUAGACAGUCUCACAGGUCUCUCAAUCUCCCACGAGGAACUUUCCCUUAAAGGGAAGGAAGUAGAUGACAUUGUGAUGAUUUCUCUGUGGGACUGUGAGAGAAAAUUCAGAGUUAAACUCUUAGGGUUUGACAUCCCAGAACUACCAAGUAAGGUACCUCCAUUUGUUCAUGUGGAAGCUAUCAUAAUAUAUGGUAGAAAGAUUGUGUCAUCGGUUUGUUCAACUCCAAAAGAAUUUACAGAUGAAGUGCUGUGGAACACCUGGUUGGAAUUUGACAUUCUGAUCAGGGAUAUCCCUCACGGAGCAAAAUUAGGCCUCACAAUUAAUGCCGGUACCACAGAAGGCACGUCAACCAAGGACACAAAGUCAAACUCCUCUAAAGUACCAGAUUACCAGAAGGGAAAAGGGCAAGUACUAUACUUUGUAAACCUCCAGCUGAUUGACCACAGAGCCCUUCUUAGCCAAGGUCCACACACUCUGCACAUGUGGGCUUUCCCAGAGUGGGACGAGGAGGCAUUCACUUAUGAAGCGGAAAAGCUGUCUACCGCCACUAACCCUGAUGUACCUAAAUCAAUGGCAAUUACCUUCAUGCUGGAUCGCUACAGCUUUCCUGUUGUCCUGCCACAUGGCAAGAGCUCCUCUUUUAGUGGUACAUCUCCUAUCUCAAGCCCUUCUACACUGGACCUUUCAGGAGAAUCCAGACGCUCCUCCCCAUCCAAUGAGGCUCCUACAACAACACCCUUCACCCUCAGGAGGCUCAAAGAAGAAAGUGUCCACUAUGCCUCAAAUUUACCCCAGUUUUUGCGCAACGUCGACUGGAUGAUGCCAUCUGCGGUCCAGGAUGUCUACUGGCUGUUGAGUCACUGGGAGCCAGAGGACAUAGAGUUGUUUGUGGCUCUUGAGCUCCUGAGUGUGGAUUUUGCAGACAUGAAAGUCAGAAGCCUGGCAGUUCAAAGAUUAGACAUCCUAUCUAAUGAUGAGGUACUUAAGUACCUGCUGCAGCUGGUUCAGACCCUUAAAGUCGAGCCAUAUCAUGAUAGCUGUCUGGCAAGAUUCCUUCUCAAAAGAGCACUAAGGAGCAGACGGAUCGGACACUUCUUUUUCUGGUAUUUGCGGAGUGAGGUGGCAGGAUGUCCAUUUUUCCGCCAGCGUAUGGCAGUUAUCCUGGAGGCAUACCUGUUGGGCUGUGGAGAGGCAAUGCUGAUUGAAUUCCAGCGUCAAGUACAAGGCGUCAAAUGCCUGCAUGAUGUGGCUCUAGCAGUAAAGGUGCUCUACCCAGAUAAGACAGACCUUCCAUCAACAGCUCCUCAGAAGCUGCAGGAGUUACUGGAGGAGUGCAAUUUACCCUCCGACUUGGUGCCUUUUGAUCCCCGUGUCAGAGCAGGAAGUGUCAUACUGAAAGACUGUAAGGUCAUGGCCUCUAAGAAAAAGCCACUCUGGCUUGAGUUCUCCUGCGUACAGUCAGAAGCUCCAGCCUCUCCUCCUGUUGGCAUCAUCUUUAAGCAUGGAGAUGACCUCCGACAGGACAUGCUUAUCAUCCAGACUCUAGUGGUCAUGGAUUCAAUUUGGCAAGAAAAAGGUUUAGACUUGAACCUGGUGCCUUAUGGAUGCAUUUCAACAGGAUAUAGCAUAGGAAUGAUUGAGAUUGUGCGAAAUGCGAUCACUAUUGCCUCAGUUCAGAAGAGUCACGGAGGUAUGGCGGGAGCUUUCAAAAACAAUGCCUUGUAUGACUGGCUUCAGAGGAAAUGCCCAUUCCAGGAAAAACACUUUCAAGCAAUGGAGAAGUUUGUGAACUCAUGUGCCGGCUACUGUGUGGCCACAUAUGUGCUGGGUAUAGGUGACCGCCACAACGACAACAUUAUGAUCACUGAACAAGGCAACUUGUUCCACAUAGAUUUUGGCCAUAUCUUGGGCAACACUAAGAGCUUCAUGGGGGUGAACAGAGAAAGGGUGCCCUUUGUCCUCACCCCUGACUUCCUGUACGUUAUGGGCAGGGUGAAAGGCCGUCCCAGCCUCUACUUCAAGAGAUUUAUGGAUACCUGUAUCAAUGCCUAUCUGUCCCUCCGGUCUCAGUCUCGCCUUCUUGUCACGCUCUUCUCUCUAAUGCUCCUCACGGGAAUUCCUGAGCUCAGCACGUCACAGGACAUGCGCUACCUACGUACUGCACUGCAGCAGGAUCAAGGGGAAGAAGAGGCUCGGAAUCACUUCCUGCAGCAGAUUGCACUUUGCGAGCAGAAAGGUUGGACUGUGCAGGCAAACUGGUGGUUUCACUUGAUGGCGGGCAUUAAAUAGAAAACAUGGGGAAACUAUGUACCUUUCUGACAGAUAAUGUAAUGUAUCCACAUGCUACAAUUCAACCUAAAGGCACAGUUCACCCAAAAAUGAAGAUUGUCAUUUACUCACCUUCAUGAUCUUCCAAAGUUGAUUUUGCUGAUUUUAUUUUCUACGUUGAACAUGAGGAGAUGUUUGUCAUGCUCAUGCUGCUCUUUCCAUACAUGAAAUGGUGUCCAGGGGGUGACAAAAAAGCAAGUACCAUUGGUCCAUAUGAAUCCUGCACUAUAUUAGAAGUCUUCUGGCGCCAUAUGGUUGCUAUAUGUAAAGAACAGACAGAAAUUUAAGUUGUUACUUACUGAAAAUCAUUCCCUCUGCUGUAGGUCAAAUCUCAUUUAUGGAACUUAAAUGCACAAAUUCAGAUUUGGCACAUUAAUGUAGUAUGGCAGACUAAAUAUUCUCUUGCAUUUCCAUGGAAGGAAGAAAUUCAUCAGGGUUUGGAAUAGUGUCAAAAGUACCGACCGCGAUACCAAGUCGGUACUGAAAUUUUAAAAAUGUGACGUUUUGAGCGCUGUUGAGUGGUUUCGUGAUCACCUGAUUGGCCCUUGUGUUCACGCGCUCAUCAGAUAUGUUUGCGGGAGCUCCCGCUUUCAAAUCGCUUUUAAAUUUAGACACUCCUGUGUGCUUUCAAACACUCCCGCAUGUAUCUCUGUAAGCGCUCAGUGAAGAGCAUCAUUGAUGUCUACAACAUGUUUUUGAAGUUUUGAUCAUUGUAGCCAAUCACAGACAUAUUUGAUGAGUGAGUGAACACAAUGGCCAAUCAGAGGUGUUUACGAAUCCUCUCAACAGCGCUCAAAGCGUCACAUUUUUAAAAUUAAAGCACCGACUUAGUACUUUUGACAGCAAUAGUUUGGAAUGAUGUGAGGGUGAAUUUUCAACUUUGAGUGAACUAUCCUUUUAAAUUUGACAUUUUAUCAUGCAAAUUUCAUGGAGAAAAAAAAUGUGUGUUCAAUAUAAACAAUAAAAUUUUGU